AAAUCUUCUGUUUGUCGUCUGUGUGAAUCGAUGCUAGCGGAUAUAUGUUCGUUUCCCUCUUCAAAUCGCACUUUGUCUGAGAUUAAAAUCAAGGCUAUGGCGGUUUCUAGUGCGUUUGGUUUCAACCAGAUGUUGUCAUCGAAACAUCAUAGUAAUCCAUCAUCCUCUUCUCCGAUGGUGUUAGGCACUCGUGCUUUUCCGACGAACAACAAGACAACUGGAGGUCUGAUCCGUUGCGAGCUUUCUUCAUCAAGCGUCUCGGCUCUGCAGCAGCUUAAGAAGUCCGCCAUUGACAGAUACACAAAGGAGAGAAGCAGCAUUGUUGUGAUUGGUCUUAGCAUCCACACUGCUCCUUUAGAGAUGCGUGAGAAGCUUGCCAUUCCUGUUGCUGAAUGGCCUCAGGCUAUCUCUGAGCUGUGCGCUUUGAAUCAUAUUGAAGAAGCUGCUGUUCUCUCUACCUGUAACCGGAUGGAGAUCUAUGUCUUGGCUCUCUCUCACCACCGUGGUGUCAGAGAAGUCACUCUAUGGAUGUCCAAGAGAAGUGGAAUCCCAGUUUCUGACAUCUGUAAGCAUUGGUUUCUGUUGUACAACAAGGACGCCACGCAACAUCUGUUUGAAGUCUCAGCUGGUCUGGACUCUCUUGUCCUAGGGGAAGGUCAGAUACUCUCACAGGUUAAACAAGUUAGAGAGAAACUGCGCAAUGGGUUUGGUAUGGUUAUCCCUGGGCUGUUUGAAAAGGCUAUCACCGCUGGGAAGCGUGCCAGAGCAGAGACAGGUAUCGCCUCCGGAGCUGUUUCCGUUAGCUCUGCUGCCGUCGAGCUUGCUCUCACCAAGCUUCCACCAGGAUCUGCAUCGUCUGCUACGAUGUUGGUCGUUGGUGCAGGAAAGAUGGGCAAGCUUGUAAUCAAGCACCUGGUUGCUAAAGGUUGCACUAGAAUGGUGGUUGUGAACCGAAGCCAAGAGAGAGUUGCAGCUAUCCAAGAGGAGAUUCCGUCUGGCGUUGAGAUCAUUUAUAAACCCCUUGAUGAGAUGCUAGCUUGUGCUGGAGAAGCCAACGUGAUUUUCACUAGCACAGCAUCUGAGACACCAUUGUUCUUGAAGGAACACGUUGAGUCUUUCCCUCUUCCUGCUGAUGCUAGGCUCUUUGUUGAUAUCUCUGUUCCUAGAAACGUUGGAUCUUGUGUUGCUGAAUUAGACUCUGCACGGGUUUGCAAUGUGGAUGACCUCAAGGAAGUUGUUGCUGCCAACAAAGAAGACAGGGCGAGGAAAGCAAUGGAAGCUCAGGAUAUAAUAAUAGAGGAAUCUAAAAAGUUUGAAGCGUGGAGGGACUCGCUGCAGACGGUUCCAACAAUCAAGAAACUGAGAAGAAAAACAGAUAGAAUCAGAGCUGAUUCGGUUGUAAAGUUCAUGUCGAAAUAUGGAAAAGACAUGGACAAGAAGACGAAGGAAGCAGUAGAGGAUCUAACCAGAGCUAUGGUGAACAAGAUCCUCCACGGUCCAAUGAAACAUUUGAGAUGCGAUGACACUGAGAACAGACCGCUGCCUGAGACGCUAGAGAACAUGGAGGCUCUCAACAGAAUGUUUGAACUCGAACUAGAGUUACUCGAGGAGAAGAUCAGAGCAAAGAUGGAUCAAAAAUAGAGAGAGAGGCAUCCUUCUUUUUUUUAGGUACGUAGAAGUCAGAAGACACGCCUUUGUUAUAAAACAAACUUGAGUAGAAAGUGAACAUGUCCUCAUUGAUUUCUUUGAUGACAAGUAAGCCACAAUUAUUAUUAUUACUUUUUUC